AUGCACUUUUUAAAGUUCUAAUUAUUUUUUUUAAGAGCGGAAAAGGACGUCGAAAUUCAUCAUGGCAAGUUCUUUAAGACUAAUUUCAAGAUGCUGGCUUAAAGUGGUGAGGCCAGUCACAGACACCACUUCAGUGAGGUCCCUUUCAGAGACUACAACAAUACUAGCAGAUAAAAAGCCAACAAAAGCAUCCAAGCCUGCAGCGCCCCCAAAGCCGCCUGCUGCUGCCUCCCCAGCCAGCACCAAAGGAGACACCUACCAGGCUCAAGAGAUCUUUGAAUAUAAUGUGAUGUCCUAUUAUGAAAUGGAGUCUGAUAUGAGGAAGAGUAGACUACCGCAGCCCAAACCCGGACAACCGAGCGACUAGGACUAGGACUAGGAAGAAGACUAGUCCCAGAAUUACAUAUUGGACUUUUAAAACGUGAUGAAAAAAGCAACGUAUCUCUUGACAAAUUAUAGAUGCAUAUAACCCCUUGAUAAGGGUGAAGUUAUUUAGAAGAAGACAGCAAUAUCAUUGUGUAUGGCUCAUAUUAUUGUGUAGAAGACUAUACAAGUGUUAAAUAAUGAAAAACUGAUCAGAAAACUCUGUGAUAUCACAUGAAGUUUCACGGUCGUUGUAAAAAGCCAUUUUUUGUAUGACGUGAAACCCUGGCAAAUCUGUUGGAUUCUAUUCAUUGAUAUAACUUAUUAACGAGCCCAUCUGGCUGAAACUGAUGACUCUAAAUCAUCUGUCAAAGAGCCAGAAAAUUCAUAACUCGUCUUCUUAAAACCCGAUUUGAUAUUUAUCUGGCUGUCAAAAAAACCAAGUUGCGUGUGAGUUUGAUGUUCGAAUUGAAAUGCAUGUGUGUGUCAAUACAGAAUUAUCAGAAUAAGACAAAUAUCAUUAAAAAAAUGAACUUAUACUCCAA